CUUGUUAUCAGCUCCACCCAUCCUUGAUAUCAACAGUGAAAUGGGCCUACUCUCGAUUUUGAAAAAAAUGAAACAGAAGGAGAAAGACGUUAGACUCUUGAUGCUGGGUCUUGAUAAUGCUGGUAAGACUACAAUUCUUAAGAAGUUCAUUGGUGAAGACAUAACCACCAUAUCUCCAACUUUUGGAUUCAACAUAAAGACAGUCGAGCACAAAGGGCUAAAGUUAAACAUAUGGGAUGUCGGCGGCCAGAAGUCGCUCCGAUCUUAUUGGAGGAAUUAUUUUGAGUCGACUGAUGGACUAAUAUGGGUAGUGGACAGUGCUGACUCAAGACGUCUGGAAGACUGCAAGAAAGAACUUCAUUCUCUUUUGAAAGAGGAAAGACUGGCCAGUGCUACUUUACUAGUAUUUGCGAAUAAGCAGGAUUUACCGGGAGCUCUCUCUGGGGUCGAAAUAAUGAAAGCGUUAGGACUCGAGCAUAUAAAGACUCACCAUUGGCAGAUUCAGGCCUGCUCUGCAGUGACUGGAGAGAAUCUAUUGGAUGGAAUCAACUGGAUGACGACUGACAUCAGCUCCAGAAUAUUCACAAUGGACUGACUGUUGUUACUUGUUGUACGUACAUGCAUACACAUCAACACUUUACUAGCAUCAUAACAUACACACAUAAUUAUUUGUGUCUCUUCCUCCAAUGCAUUAAAUGUUUCAUUGUUAUUAUUAUUAUGUUCUCAUUGUCUGCACCUAAAAAUAUAUUUUUUAAUCUUA